AUGUCUUUCAUUCUUUUAUUGUCUUUCAAUGCCUAUCAAUGCCUUUCAAUGCCUUUCAAUCUUUCCUUGUCUUUUAAUGCCUUUCAACGCCUUUCAUUGCCUUUCAAUGCCUUUCAAUGUUUUUCAAUGCCUUUCAAUGUAAUUCAGUGCCUUUCAAUCUUUCAUUGUCUUUCAAUGCCUUUCAAUUCCUUUCAACGCCUUUCAUUGCCUUUCAAUGCCUUUCAAUGUUUUUCAAUGCCUUUCAAUGUAAUUCAAUGUCUUUCAUUGCCUUUCAGUGUCAUUCAGUGCCUUUCGAUCUUUCAUUGUCUUUCAAUGCCUUUCAAUUCCUUUCAAUGCCUUUCAUUGCCUUUCAAUACCUUUCAAUGUUUUUCAAUGCCUUUCAAUGUCAUUCAAUGUCUUUCAUUGCCUUUCAGUGUCAUUCAGUGCCUUUCAAUCUUUCAUUGUCUUUCAAUGCCUUUCAAUUCCCUUCAAUGCCUUUCAUUGCCUUUCAAUGCCUUUCAAUGUAAUUCAGUGCCUUUCAAUCUUUCAUUGUCUUUCAAUGCCUUUCAAUUCCUUUCAAUGCCUUUCAUUGCCUUUCAAUGCCUUUCAAUGUUUUUUCAAUGCCUUUCAAUGUAA